UGUUUAUGUUGCUAGAGUCAUACUCUCGAAGCUCGGCAGCGUAACCAUGUGACAUCACCGCCCUGUGACGUCAGCAACAAUGGCGACCUACUAGUUAAACUAAGUUUACAAAUUGUAUAAAACGAAAACAUCAGGAGGGGUUUCAAUAUCAAAUUAUUUUAACUCAUAAUAACAUGUAUCUUUUAAGAACUACAAGUUUUUCUAUCCGUGGAUUCCUUUAAAAACAUGAGCUUUGCCUUAAAAAUUUAAUGCACAGGAAGUGUGCCAUUUUGGUUUGAAGUUUUCAUCAUCACCUUGUGUGCCUUGAAGAUUUUUUUUAGGCUUCGUAUUCCAAAUGUGCAACGAUACCAAAUACUAUACGGUAAAUGACACUACAUGGGUGUGAGUAGGAGAUCUCUGAAGCAGCUGAGUGUGGUUGAAACCUGACUAACUUGCUCCCGGACAUGAUAAAGGGUUACCAGGUUUGUCGCGCUUUGCAGGUAUUUCAGCGUCUUGCAGCAUUGCCUCCUCUGUAGUUUGAUCAACUGCAUACACGUGCAAAGAUGAGCUCGGUGGGCAACAACUCAGUUUUUAAGGGCGUGGACGUCCACACCAUGAGCAACCACUUCUCGCAUCAUACCAGCGAGCUUCCUCUUGAUCAGCUGAUUGUCCGCCGAGGACAGUCCUUCAAGGUCACUUUGAACUUGACUAAGCCCUUCAAAAAAGGCGUUGAUUCUCUCACCCUCGUCGCUUCCACUGGAGGCAAACAUGCUUCGGAGGAGAACGGCACCUCAUGUCGCUUCGGCAUCCCUGACCCGACAGGCGGACGGUCCUCCGCCAAAGCGGUGUGGAAGGCCACACUGGACAGCGGCUCCACCUCCUCCUCCCUGGCUGUGCUCAUCACGCCCCCUCCUGAUGCCCCCGUUGGCAAGUACACUCUCAAUGGCUUGCUGUGGGGCGAGGAUAAGACGUUGGCCACCUUCAUGCUCCUCUUCAACCCCUGGUUCUCGGGUGACGCUGUCUUUAUGUCAGAUGAGCAGGAGAGACGAGAGUAUGUGCUGAAUGAACACGGAGUCAUCUUCAGAGGAAGUUCAGAUUACAUAUCACCUUUGACCUGGGACUAUGGACAUUUUGAAGAUGAUAUGGUGGAUAUUUGCCUCCACAUCCUGGAUAACAAUGUCAAGUACAAAAAGGACCCCGGCAGCGAUCUGGCGGCCCGCUGCGACCCCGCUUAUGUGGGCCGUGUGGUCAGUGCUAUGGUGAACAACUUUGACGAUAGCGGCGUGUUGAUGGGCAACUGGUCUGACUCUUACGCGGGCGGCUAUUCGCCAUCACACUGGAGCGGCAGCCACGACAUCCUCAGCAAGUGGAAGAAGAGCGGAAGUCCGGUCAAGUAUGGGCAAUGCUGGGUCUUCGCCGGUGUCAUGUGUUCGGUCAUGCGUCUGCUGGGCGUGCCCACCCGCGUGAUCACCAACUUCGCCUCGGCGCACGACACCGACGCCAACCUCACCAUUGACGUCUACCACGCUGACGAGGGCGCGGAGCACAGAGACUCCGACGACAGUAUUUGGAACUACCACGUGUGGGUGGAAUCGUGGAUGAAGCGUCCCGACUUGAAGGCCGGCGGCAAAUUCGACGGCUGGCAAGUUCUGGACGCCACGCCUCAGGAGCUCAGUGAUGGUUUGUACCAGUGCGGCCCUGCCUCUGUUUCGGCCGUCUUCCGGGGCGAGACGGACAUGCCGUACGACGUCCCCUUCGUCUUCGCCGAGGUCAACGCGGACUGUGUGGACUGGCUGAUCAAAGCUGACGGCACCAAGGAGGCCAUGAAGUCCUACACCAAACGCGUCGGGAAGAAGAUCUCCACCAAAGCUGUCGGCUCUGACGAGAGGGUCACAAUCACCAACUCCUACAAGCACAAGGAGGGCUCCGAAGAAGAACGUGCCGUGUUCAAUUACGCCAUCAGCGAUGACAAAGAGAAUGCCGUCGGCGGUUCGGCGACGGAUGGAACCCCCCCGCCUCAACUCUCCUUGCAGUUCGAAGAAGUUUCACAGCCAAAAUACGGGCAGGACGUGCAGCUGAAGUUGGUGUUAAGCAGCGAGAGCAAAGUGGAUAGGAACCUUAGCAUCCACAUCACCGUGGAGGCUCUUCGCUACAAUGGCACCUUUGUCGCCACCGUCCAUACCCAAGUCAAAGAAGAGACGCUGAAGCCUUCCACAGAGCUUACCGUGCCUAUCAACAUCCCAGUGAAGUCAUACUACAAGCACAUGCGCCAAGCCGACAGCUUGAACGUGGCAGCCAUAUUGUCAGACAAACGCCAUCCUGAAAUACCUUACCUGGCUGAGGACAAUGUGGUCCUGCAAGACCCCCCUGUCAUUAUCAACGUUGACGGUGAUGCCAAAAAGAACGGAAAGAUAUUCAUAGAGGUGGUCUUCAUGAACCCCCUCCAGGAGACCUUGACAGACGUGAAGCUCACCCUGGUGGGAACUGGCGUGUUCCGCGAAGAGGUUGAACUGAGUCUUCCCAACUUGAAACCCAACAAUCGCAUCCGCAUCAAGAUGCAAGCUACGCCAUACAAGGCGGGAAAGAAGACAAUUAUUGCCGACAUAAGUUCUAGCAUUUUUAAAGAUUUCAAAGGCUUUGCCGACAUCAAUAUAAGACCGGCUUAAAUCAUUGCUCUCCAUCAUGUCUGUUCUGCCCACAAAAUGUUUUUUUCUUCUUUUUUUAGAGAAACCGGUGCUUCAUUUAAAAAAUAUAUUUUUUUUAUUCUUGAUGGUGCUUUUUAACAUCACGUUUGACUUUUUUUCCCCACCCUAGAACAGGAAAUUGAACCUGCUACAGCAAUACAAGAAAAAUUGUGAGCAGUUUGACUUUAUUUUGCUCUACUAUCAUUAUUAUUAUGCUUUAUGUGUGCUGCAAAUAAAGCCUUGACCAUGGCCACG